AAUAGAGUUAGGGAAAAGAAGUAGUUAUUUUAUUUAUGUAUCGUUGUUUGGACUGUCAAAUUUUCUCAUCAAAAUUGAAUUUACUAAAAUCAAGAGCUAACUAUAGUAGUCUUAAAAAUAUGGAUGUUACACCAGAAAUUAAAGAAGAACUCAGAAACGAUAUAGAUAUAUCAAAUUUAUGUCGAGUUUGCUUAAGUACAAAAAAUUUAGUGCAAAGUUUAGAACCUCAAUUGUCCAACAUAUAUGAAAAACUAACAGAAUUAAAGAUUGAGUCUGAAGGCAUAUUUCCUCGUUUAAUAUGUGACGAAUGUUUGACAAAACUACAAGAUAUAUCAAAUUUUAUACAAAAAUGCAAAAAUACUUAUAACUAUCUAGAAAAAAUAUUAAAAAAUAGGGAACAAGAUAAUAAUGAAACAGUCAUAGACGAUACAUUCGUAGACAAUGAUGAUGAUUCAGAGGAUACCUUUGAAAUUGAAUCACCCAGAAAAAAGAAUAGACUUAAAAAAUCCUCAUGUGAAACUUGUGGCAAAACAUUUUCAAGAUGUGGAGCAUUGGCAAGGCAUAUGAAAAUACAUCUAAAAAUUAAACCAUUUCAGUGCAAAGGAUGUGACAAAAGCUUCACGCAAAAGUCCACUCUUGAUAGGCAUUUUUUAACCCAUACAGGUGACAAACCUUUUCAAUGUAAUUUAUGUGACAAACACUGUGCCAGAAAAAGUCAGAUAAUCCAACAUAUUAAAAAGCAGCAUUCAAAAGUUAAUGCAAAAGAUUAUAGUACUUCAUAUAGUGAGAGAGAUAAAAUGGUGUAUUUUGAUGACAACCAAUCUUCCAAACAAACUAGUACACCAGGUAUAGAUACGGAAGUUAUAAAGGAAGAGGAUGUGAAUGCAAAAAGUGAACCAAUAUUAGAACAAAUCAUAGAUAUAGAAGUACCCAAAAUGAAAAAGAAAAGGAUGGAAUUGUGUUUAUGUAAUCUCUGUGGUAAAGAAUUUAAGAGAAGAGAAUAUUUACGUAACCAUAUGGCGAUACAUAACAACAUCAAACCAUACACAUGUCAAAUUUGUGGUUCUGGAUUCACUCAAAGGCAGGCUUUAAGUAGACAUAAGCUGGUGCACACCAAAGAAAGACCUUACCAAUGUAAUAUUUGUGGAAAGACUUUUACUCGCAAAGAAAAACUAACAGAUCACAUAAGAUGUCACGAAGAAGGUGUUGAUCCACAUCUUUGUCAGCACUGCGGACGAAGAUUCAAAGACAGAGAAUAUCUUAGAAAACAUUUGAGGUACUACCUUAUGGGUGAUAAAGGACGAUGGAAGAAAGAAGCUAAAAAAUGUUUAUGUCCAGAAUGUGGGAAAGAAGUUCAUUCGGAAGCAUACCUCAAAAUACAUCUCUUAAGUCACAAAGGCGAAAAACCAUUCAAAUGCGAUCAAUGCGAUAAGAAAUUUACAGUUAAUGCAACUCUUCAGCAUCAUCUCAACAUACACAAGGGAGUGAAACCUUUUGCAUGUCCACAAUGCACCAAAGCAUUCAGAACCAAUCAUUCUCUAAAAAUCCAUCAAAUGAUGCAUUCAGGAGUGCGUCCUUAUAAGUGCAAUACCUGUGAUAAAGGUUUUGUUAGAAGUAGUCAUCUAAAGAGACAUAUUCGACUUCACUAAUAAAUAUAUCAUGGAAAUAAUUUAUUGUAUAUUUUAAUUAACUAAAGUAACAUGGUGAAUUUUUCAACUAUUGAUCUCAUCUCAGUAUUAUCAAGAAUAGAGUAUAUUAAGCCAAAAACCAUAAUAUUACUAUCACCAGAUUAACCCUUCAGACGGAACAUCAAUCUCACAUAUGGAUAUGAGAAUUUAGCUUCUUUUUUGUGAACUCAGUCAAUAUUUUAAGGAAUUUAUUUACCCCAUCUUACUUUUUUUAAUUAGCUCACAAGACAGUGGUCUGACAUGAUAAUUUCCUAUUUGAAAUAGGGCAACAUUGCAGGAAUGUAACCCAGACAGAGAAACAACCUCUUGUGUAAAUUAUCUCCCACUCCUGAUAGGAAUCACUAGGACCUGUUAAUCAUAUAGUUAAGUAAUACAAAGUGACCCUCAUUUUACCCUCCAUUAACGUAUCGUCUCGGAUUUCCUAAUGUUUGUCUUAUAAUAAUGUGACUGUGAAGGACCAUAAAUUCCCCUUCCUAAUUUCUAGUUAUUAUUGUAUUCGUUAAGAUUAAUACGCCAAGUUGUACACUGACCGCUCCUAAUGCUAACCAACGUCAUAGUUAAGUGAUUCCAAGUGUCCCUUAGACACUUAGUUACUUUUAUUUUAAAUUGAUGUGACUUUAACGAUCAUAAAUAUCUCGCAUGUUUCUAGUCGUGGAAAAAAGGCUGUCAUUUUCAUUUGCGGUCAGAAAUACCGUUUGGUGGUGAUGCUGAUCGAUGCUGUUUUAUGUAUCUCUGCAUACAAUAAUAAUAUCAAUCUCAAUAGCGAAAUAGACUGAUUUAGUUAUGUUAGAAAACUGACUAAUAAAACAGGACCCUCAUUGUAUUGUAUAGAGUCACUGUAGUCCAACCAGAAUCGCAACAUAAAAAUACAGAGUGUAUCGAGGUAGCAUUUUCAUUAUAUUACAUAAUUACCAGCAUAUCACGCUACAGAAUUAUUGGUAUUAGGAUGUUAUUCUUUAUAAAUUUCGAUAGAACGCGAAAAGUAAAAAACUAGAAUUUGUAUUAGUCAAAAUAUGACAAUGGUUAAUUGUUCAUUCUGAUUGGAGGAUGAACAGAAAUCAAAUCCACAAAAAUAACUUACUUAUAUUUGAGCCGCUCAGUACAUCGAUUAACGCUUGACGAUUGAAAAAUCUCAAAUGUCAAAGCACUUGAUAUAGACAUAACUUUCUAUAUUUAUAAUAACUUUCCUAAAUAAUAAAGAUUCGCACCACUAAACGGCAAAUUUUUUUGACCAUUGAAUAAUAAGUAAUUUAUUUUUUGCCAUUUUGAUUUAAUCCAUACUCUAAUGUAAAUUGUUUCAGUAACGCUGUAUCUGCUCUGGCCGUACAUCAACGCUUUUUUUUAAACAGACGAAGAUGCUUUCUCCCUUCCAAUAAUAGACGUAAUAAAAUCGCAUCAGUAAACAGAUGAAAAGAAGUGCAAUGCAAACGUUAGUUAGUAUAGCAGUGAUCUCGGACCCUGAAUAUACUACACAAAUAUUAUAUGGACUACAUAUUUUCUUGGUCUUUUCAACAAUUCUCCCAGAAUGUUUUUCAAGAAAUAAA